AUGCCAAAAGCAAUAAAUAUUUUAAGUACUCUAGUAUAUUUUGCACAUUUAGAUCACAUGAUUAAAACAGCAUUUCUUACAGCAUCAUCAACAACCUACAGAGCAACAUCUCCUAAUUCUCUCAGACAUUCAGCAACAACUCCUACAAAUUCAGCAACUAUUUAUACUACAACAAUUAUUACAAUAAUUUAUAAUGUUAAUUUAAAGAAAGAAGCUAUCAAAUAUCAAUCAGCAACAAGUUUUCAAUUAGGAAUUCAAGAUUCCAAUAGUCUUGUGUUGCCAAUUGGAAAAUUUUUGAAUAUAAAAACAAGCAUCAAUACUAUUAUGAUGAAUGCAUCUUGGGAUGAACAUGACCUUGAAGAUUUAUAUGUUGAUAUUUGUGCAUUUCCAAUAAUUGGAUUUAAUCUUUGUGAAGCUGAUAAAGUUGAUAAAAAUUUGAAAGUAAUCUUUCCGGAUAAAAACCAAGUUGUUAUUUGUUACGUAGUGUGA